GAGGCCGCUCUUCCCCGAAGAUCUGUUCACCAACGAUCAACGGCGCCGCGGCGCCGUGAUACUCCACAUACUCGGCGUGGUGUACAUGUUCGUCGCGUUGGCGAUCGUUUGCGACGAGUUCUUCGUGCCGUCGUUAGACGUGAUCAUCGAGAAACUCGAUAUCGCCGACGAUGUGGCCGGUGCUACUUUCAUGGCGGCCGGUGGAUCGGCGCCCGAACUCUUCACAUCGAUCAUAGGCGUGUUCGUGUCGUUCGACGACGUCGGUAUCGGCACUAUCGUCGGCUCCGCCGUCUUCAACAUUCUUUUCGUGAUCGGCAUGUGCGCUAUAUUCUCGCGUACGGUGCUAUCGCUCACAUGGUGGCCUCUAUUUCGCGACUGCACUUUCUAUAGCGCCAGUCUGCUCACCCUGAUCUACUUCUUCCGCGAUAGUUACAUAUACUGGUAUGAGGCGCUUGUGCUUUUUGGAUUCUACUUAGGAUAUGUGAGCUUCAUGAAGUGGAACCAACCGAUGGAGAAAAUGGUCAAAAGGGUACUCUACAGAAACAAGGUGACCCGGGUCAGGUCUACCGAUCAGCUGAUGCCCUCGCACCAGAGCGCCGCCCAGGCAUUGCAGCAUCCGAACGCGAUCAACAAUAGCGAGACGAGCGUGGGCGGUACGUCGGGUGCGUGCGGGAGCAUCCCGGCGCCCGGGGAGGCCGGAUGCAGCAGCAGGGUUGGCAGCAGCAGCGGCGUCGGCGGCAGCAGCGGCGUCGGCACCGGCUCCGGGCAGGGAUGCGAGCAGGCCCACCACCACGGGGCCCCCUCUCACUCGCGGGAGAGCCACGCCAAGUUCCGGCACGGCCUGCUGCAGCUUAUGAUCCACACGAUCGAUCCGCUCCACGACGGUCAGUCCCGCGCCGGCAAGGUGGAUGAGAAAGCGACGCAGCUGCACGCGAUAGCGUCGCUGAAGGUGCUGCUGGAUGCCACCAGGCCGCAUAACGGAGCCGCGACGUCGACCGCCGCCCAUUACUCCGGCGCAUCGAAGGAGACGACACUGCAGCUGCAGCAAGGCUCGCAAGGCACCACCACUACCACCACGACUACGACAACCACUGCCGGCACCACCGCCGGUAUUCAGGAACUUCCGAACGGCGGUAUUGCCGCCGGUCUCGACGCUGGACUCGAUUCGGGCGAAGAGGAUGAACCUCCAGAGGCCUUGAACAUGGGCUGGCCAAGCAGUCCAAGAAAAAGGCUAACUUACAUUUUAGUCGCGCCAAUCUUAUUUCCUCUUUGGUUAACGUUACCGGAUACGAGAACACCUAGAGGGAAGAAGUUCUUCCCGAUAACGUUCAUCGGCUCGAUCUUCUGGAUCGCGGCGUACUCGUACCUGAUGGUCUGGUGGGCGAAUGUCGCCGGCGACACGGUGGCCAUACCGCCGGAAGUGAUGGGCCUGACGUUCCUCGCAGCUGGCACCAGCAUACCGGACCUCAUCACGAGCGUCAUCGUGGCGCGAAAGGGAUACGGCGACAUGGCCGUGUCGAGUUCCGUCGGCAGUAACAUCUUCGACGUGACCGUUGGGCUUCCGGUUCCAUGGCUAAUAUACGGUUUAAUCUACGGGAAACCCGUGGAAGUGAACUCGGUGGGCAUGGUGUGCAGCAUAGCGAUACUGUUCUGCAUGCUGCUGUUCGUGAUCAUGAGCAUCGCCUGCUUCAGAUGGAAAAUGAACAGGGGCCUCGGCUUCACGAUGUUCAUCCUCUAUUUCGUCUUCGUCGCCGUCUCGCUGAUGUUCGAGUACGAGAUACUGGUCUGCCCGGUGUAGGGGCAGCCAGGGCAGCGCAGCCGCGGCAGCAGAGGUAUUAAAAACUUCCUUUCGAGGAGGAAGGAAUAUACGUCUGCGAAACGGACGCACACUUACGGGUCUCGUCAUCAUCAUCGUCAUCGUCGUCGGCGAGUCUCGGCCGACGAGAGAAAACUCUUCCCCGCGGUCGCCGCUUCGAGCCGAGGAGGAAACCGCAGCCAGUUUCAUUACCUUCCGCGCGCGCGUGAAGGGGACUUGAACAGUACGAAACGGCAAUAUAGCAGCACCAUAAACACCGCCACUAUCACCGAUCAUCGAGUCUCACAGCAACUUCGCGUAUAUCGGAUUACGAGACAUUUUGCUCUAGUCGCGAGAGGUGUACAUAAUGUAUAAAAAUCUUGAAAUACCUGAAACGAAAUACUCGUCUUGUUAAGGAUUAACCGAGCGCGCCACUCCGCUCGAGUGCGCUACUUUAUUAUUUAAGCAUGGCGAGCGCGUUAGCCGAUCGUGCCAAGGACCAAACUAUAAUUUUACGUAAUCCUUGGAAGGAUUUUUUGGCACAAACUUUCGAGACUCCCCCUGAUGGUCUCCUUCUUUUUCCCCUUCUUCAUUUUUUCUUCAUUCUCAUCCUACUUCUUGUUACUCAAUAAACGGCACUGUACGUGAAACAAAUUGAUUGCAGUACCUAUAUCGUUAAUAAUUAUUAACUGGAAAUUGUUACAAUAAAAGUUUACAGAACGCCACUCUAUAUAUUCAACAAUGGUCCGUAAGGACAUUUAAUUAAUUAGAAUCAUGGAUAUCGUCAGAUAUCGCUUGAUUCAUUUAUCGAAACAUCACGUUUAUCGAAUAUACCUAUAAUAGCAAUAAUAUUAGACUUAAAACACGAUGUUACCAGUGUACAAAAGGUGUUACCGUUAGGUCUUCUCGUUUGACUCCUUGGCACGCUCACGUCCGAAUAUUACACAUAACGUUAUCUACUAGAAGAAGUGACCUGACCGCUCGCCGAUUUUUUCUCUAAAGCAGAAAUUCUCUUCGCCUCUAAUAUCGUAGAAUAGUGUUAUUUAACUUCUCACUCUGUUGUACUCACGGAAUCCAAUCUGAUGCGGUGCGGUGUUCGGCGUUCCGUUUUGACGACGAAACGGCGCUCGUGAAUCUCGAGUGCGACAUACACCAGGUGCACAUUUCAGGCAAGUCAUAUAACUUUUGUAUAUUUUCGUUAACCAAAGUUGCUUACGGUAUGCUACAAUAUACUACGAUAUACCGUGUGCGAUACAUUAUGCGAGAAACUUUUGCUGUAAAUGCAGAAUAUGCUUUAUUUCUUUGCCGCGUUUUAUUUUCCGAUUUAACAAUAUCGCAUAUUAUUUUCAGAAAUUAAAAUAAAAGCGUGUUUGACUGUGUUUAAUAAAAUAAUGUGUAUUACAUUAUUUUAUUAAAUGUUCGACAUUCGUGAAAUUACGUGAAAAGCUUAUUGAAAAAGUCUUCAAAUAUUGACGUAUUAAAUUGAUGUAAUUUAAAUAAUGGCAAUCGCGUCUCAAACGAAACGACUGAUCGUCGCACCGGAUUUUCAGCGUACAAUCGGAACGGAUGUUGCUGUUGAUACGUGAAUAAGAUAGAAUAACGAUAAAAAUGUGAGACAUUGAUCCCGGGUAUCAGUUAAUCUGUUUGCUGCUUAUAUUUCGCUUUACUUUUGUUUCGAACGAUAAAUCGCUGAUGACAGAUUCACAGGGAACGUGAGAAACGACCAAGUUGGUUUUUUCAAACCAAAAGAAAAUGCGUUCAUCAAUGUGUAACGUUAAUUUAGCAAAAUUGAAGGCAAUCGCUUAUUUUAUAAGCAAUUUAUCCGUUCAAUUUGAAAAAUAAGCGCGUUUUCGGUCAGUGAAAUUUCCAUCCUUAAAUAUUGUUUAGGAAAUUUAUAAUAUAUUUUCGCGAAAAACUGCGAAAACAGAAACCUUGGCAAAUUUAUUUAUUGCUGGUAAGCGUAAAGUUAAUUCGCAAGUACAAGAAAACGUCUCGUUCGCGUAAGACAUUUAGAUCCGAUUCCGAGCGUGUUUUCUCUUAAAUACAAUUAUUACUACUACCGUAACUAUAAUCUGUAAGCGACAUGCAAAAAGCAGACUUUCUUAAGUGCAUAGAGAAAAAAAA